AUGGCAAUUUGCAUAUGGCCUCCAAGAGCCAGUCAAACCUUAUCAUACAAUGUGGAGCAAGGCAUUUUCCAAUUGGCAGAGGAAAAACCAAGGGUGCUCACAGCCUAUCUGCCCUCUGAAUUGUGCCCAUGGUCAGCUGUUGUGAAGAACAAGGAAGAAGACAAAGGCAAGGAGGGCAAGGAGGGCAUGGAGGGCAAGGAGGGCAAAGGUGAGGAUGAGGACAAGGACAAGUGCAAGGACAGAGACAAGGACCAUAGUGGCAAGGGCAAGGGCAACUACUCCCCACGCCGUUUCACAAUUCCAUCCACACGCUCUGGCGUUCCCCACCCAUACUCCCGUCCUUCCUCUCGCUCCUCUCAACGUUCCAUUCCAUCCCACUCCCAACCGGCCUCUCGCAGCACAUCUCCCGCUCCGCAAGACUUGCCCAGGAUGGAACCAGAGCCGUCCCCUGCCGCUCUCCUCGAGGCUAUCACAGCCCUCACCGCCACAGUCGGGUCCCUUCAGGACCAAAUCCGCGCCCAGAGCCAACAAAUCACUGAACUCAGGGCCAUAUGCAAGGAGACCGCAGACCUCCUCGGGGAUAAGGACCAAGGAGCCACCCAAGCCAAGCCUGGCCCAUCGACUGGGCCUGUCACUCCUCCCACCCACUUGGGGGGGGAAACCCACACUCCAGGAACGGUUAGACCUGGACUCAAGGCCCCCUUUCGCCCAUCAAGGGGCACAGGCUUCGACUCAGAAGAGGAAGAAGAACCCAGGCGAGCUCCCAAAAAAGAGCCUCGCGGAACGCCUAGGAGCCUAAGCUCCCUCACCCCCUUCGACGCGGGAUCCAGCACCAAGCGGCCCAAAAUGGACCUCCCGGACCCUUACAAAGGCGAUACUAGGGGCCGCAAAGCCACCCAAUGGCUGGACCGAAUGCUCCUCUGGGUGGCCCUACACAGGGAUCAAUUUGAUGAGGAGGAGCAGAUGGUCGUGUGGAUACUCUACCACAUGACCGAUAAGGCAGCCGACUGGGCGCUCCCCCUCAUUGGGACCAUUAUCAAGGGAGAAGGGAAUCCCCCCACUACCAUCCCGGCCUUAACGGCCAAAUUCAAGGAGGCAUUUGCAGAUCCCGAUGCCAAGAGGGCGGCCGCCAGGAAGAUUGCCGCACUAACUCAGUCCACGACCACGGCUGAGUAUGUAACCGAGUUCCGCAAUCUCAUGGCGGAGCUUGACUGGAACACUGAGGCAUUCAUUGCCCAGUUCACGCGCGGUCUUCACUGGAAGGUGAAGGAACUCCUGUCCACCAAGGACAAUAUCCCCAACGACGACCUUGAGGCUAUAUUUGCUGCCUCGGUCAAAAUAGACAACAUCCGUUGGGAGAACAAGGAGAACCGCCCCAAAAAGGCUUCCACCAAGGCCCCGGUUGCCGCGACCACUUCCACCACCACCACUCAGAGGGUCCGCUUAUCAGAGGAUCCUAAUUACGUAACACCGGAAGAAAGGGACCGCCGCCGCGCAUCUGGGCUAUGCGUCAAAUGCGGACAAAAGGGCCACGGCAUCAAGCAAUGCCCCAACGGCUGGAAAGCCACAAUUAAGGAGGAGGCCAAGCCCCCGACCCAAAAAAUGGACACUCUAGUAGAUAGUUUUGAAUUUGUUUCUCUUGCCCUUGACUCAAAUAAAAAACCAUUAUUAUUUAUCAACCUAUACGUCCAAAACUCCCCGGCAGAACCUCUCAGAACACUCAUAGACUCCGGAGCAACCUCAAACUUCAUCUCCCCCUCCGUUGUAGAAAAGUUAAAAAUCCCAAAAACCCAACUCAAAAAUCCACGAGUUGUGAGAAUGUUAGAUGGUACGAUUUCCCAGACUGGUUGCAUUUGGCACCAGGUCCAACUCACGGUUUUGGCCAAUGGCCAUACACAUUCCAUUCCUUUCCUUGUUUGUCCCAUUGGGAACACCCCGGCUAUCUUAGGCAUGACUUGGCUAACGGCAGAAGCUCCCCUCAUUGACUGGCAACAGGGAUCAAUCACGUUCCCGGAACAGGUGCAGAUUGCCUCUGAGGAGGAAGCAGACUCAAACCCCCUAGCGGAUCUUCCGGAACAAUACCAUGAAUUUGCCAAGGUCUUUGGCAAAGAAGAAUUCAAGGUGCUUCCCCCACAUAGGGAAUAUGACAUUGCCAUAGAUCUUGUCCCGGAUGCUAAACUAUCUCCCGGUCCCAUAUACGGUAUGACAGAUGCGGAGUCUAAAGCGCUGAAGCAGCAUAUUGAUGAGGAACUGGCCACGGGCAAAAUCCGCCCUAGUACCUCCUCUGCCGGCGCUCCAGUGAUGUUUGUCAAAAAGGCCGAUGGAUCCCUUAGAUUAGUUGUUGACUACCGGAAGCUGAAUGACGUAACCCAUAAGAACGUAUACCCCUUACCAAGGCAGGACGACCUCAUGGCCAAACUCAGACAUGCCAAGAUCUUUACCAAGCUAGACCUUUGGUGGGGUUAUAACAACGUCAGGAUUAAGGAAGGAGAUGAGUGGAAGACGGCCUUCAGAACCAAAUAUGGCCUAUUCGAGUACUUAGUUAUGCCAUUCGGACUUACCAACGCACCUGCCGCAUUCCAACACUUUAUGAAUGACCUGUUCCGAGACCUCAUUGACGUUACAGUGGUUAUUUAUUUGGACGACAUCUUGAUUUUCUCAGAGGACCCCAAGGACCACCCAACUCACGUCAGGGAGGUCUUAUCACGCCUGAUGAAGAAUCAAUUAUUCUGUAAACUCUCCAAGUGCCACUUCCAUGUCACCACAGUGGAUUAUCUGGGUAUCGUCAUCUCCCCGUCAGGUUUUUCCAUGGAUCAAAAGAAGAUUGAUGCGGUCACGUCAUGGCCUACCCCUAAGACAGUUAAACAGGUCCAGGCAUUCCUCGGGUUUGUCAAUUACCUCCGCCGCUUCAUUCCCAAUUUCAGUUCAGUAGCACGCCCCCUGCACAACCUUACCAAAAAGGAAACCCCCUGGUCGUGGGGAAACCUUGAGGAAGAAGCGUUCCAAGAGUUGAAAUCCCUUGUCACCUGGUCACCUGUCCUUAUUCACUCCAACCCGGAUCUGCCCUACUACCUGGAAACCGAUGCAUCAGGAGUGGCUAUGGGGGCAAUCCUUAGUCAAAGAGGAGAAGAUAACCGCUUACACCCAGUAGCUUACAUGUCUAAGUCAUUCUCAGGAGCAGAAGCCAACUACGACACUCAUGAUAAAGAGCUCCUGGCAAUAAUCAAGGCAUUGGAAGAAUGGCGGAUAUUUCUAGAAGCAACGGACAAACCCAUUCAGGUUUUCACGGAUCAUAGAAACCUGGAGUACUGGAUGCAGGCAAGAACAUUCAACCGGCGGCACGCCAGAUGGCGCGUAUUCCUGAGCGACUUUAAUUUUGAAAUCCAUUAUUGCCCAGGAAAACAGUCAGGGAAACUGGACGCCCUGUCCAGACGGUCUGAUUACGUGGACACCCCCCAGGAACCAGAAGUAAUGCUACCAGCAGAGGUCUUUGCAAACACGUCAGAAGAGGAACUAGAAAUCGUCACAGAAAUUCGUUCCAAACUGAAAGAAGAUCCCUCGAUCAAGCCAAUCAUCCAAUUCCUAACGGAAGAUGCGGAUAUUGCACCUCCGUCCAUCCAAAAGGCCUACAGGGACUACAAUUGGGAAGAAGAUUUGCUAUGGUACCGCGGAAAACUGGUAGUUCCGGACUCAGAACCUCUGAAAGAGCGACUAUUGAGGGAAUUCCAUGACUCCCCCCUGGCAGGUCACCCAGGCCAACAAAGGACGCUUGAACUCAUCAGCAGGAACUACUGGUGGCCGGGAAUGAAGUCUUCUGCAAAAGAAUGGGUUGAAUGCUGUCCAGUUUGUCAAGCCAACCAACGUGCGCAUGCCCCAGUGAUUGCCCUAAAACCCUUGGAAGUUCCCCCUUACCCAUUCCAUACCAUAUUGUACGACUUCAUCACCGGGUUUCCCAAGUCCCAGGGUCACGAUGCUAUCCUUGUGGUUAUCGACUCAUUCUCCAAGUUUGGUCACUUCAUUCCCACGUCCAAGAAGGUCACGUCCAAGGGAUUGGCGGAUUUAUUUGUAAAGCACGUCUGGAAACUCCAUGGUUUGCCAAUCAGAACCGUCUCGGACCAAGGAACCACGUUCACCGGCAAGUUUCUCAGGGCACUUUAUCAAAGGCUGGGGAUCAAACCAUCCUUUUCCUCCGCUUACCACCCAGAAUCCGACGGACAGACGGAAAGGGUCAACCAGUUCAUUGAGUUCUACCUAAGGUCAUACGUAGCAGCCGACCAUUCAGACUGGGCCACCUGGCUCCCUUUGGCAGAAUACGCGUAUAACAAUGCCAAACACGCGUCUACAGGAAAGACCCCCUUUGAACUAGUCUAUGGAAGGAAUCCAGUAAUGAAUCCCUCCAAUGUCCCAGCCAACGUACCAGAGGCAGAUGAGGUAGCAAACACACUAGCCCGCGAAUGGAAAGAAGCCAAGUCAGCCCUCAGGUUAAGCAAGGAACGGAUGACCAGAAACCAGGGAACAAUACCGGAGUAUCUUGUAGGGGAAAAAGUCUGGCUUGAUGGGAAGAACGUGGAACUCAGGACAAAUUCCAACAAGUUGGAUCCCAAGCGACUGGGACCAUUUGAGAUCACGGAAAAAAUCUCCAGCCACGCCUAUCGAUUAAAACUCCCGGAUACGCUGAAAAUCCAUGAUGUGUUCUACGUAGGGUUGCUUUCUAAAAGUCAUGAAUCCCCAAGUCAACCAUUUCCAGAACGACCCCCUCCUGAAACAAUAGAAGGGGAAGAAGAAUACGAAGUGGAACAGAUCAUUGAUUCCAAACGGCAACAAGGGAAAUGGUUCUAUCUAAUCAAAUGGAAGGGUUAUGGUCCGGAAGACAAUUCCUGGGAACCUGAGGAGCUCUUGGAAAACAGUCAAGAGGAGAUCCAACGCUUCAACAAGUUGCGAAUGAAAAAGGCUCGUGACUCCGCCAAGAGCCUUUAA